AUGAAUAAUACAUCUGGAUAUGAUGGUAUAAUUGCUACCAUACAACUAGAAAUAGUUGACAAUGAGAUUUAUCUAACUGGUGGAUGGGAACUAUUUUUCAACCAUCACAAUUUACAAGAUGGUUAUGUUAUUGUGUUUGAAUAUAUUGGAAAUUCCACCUUCAAAGUUUCAAUAUUUGACGCUUCACGGUUAGAAGUAACUUAUGAUACAUAUCAUUCCGACCCUGAAGUUGUUAAAAAAGAGACAUUCUAUACAGGAAAUCCUGUCUUUAGGCUAACAUUCAGAUAUAAUGACAAUUGCAAAAUUUAUGUACCUUUAAGAUUCAAUGGAGAACAUCUACCCAAAUUUAUACGAAGUGUUCGAAUCCAUGACUCUUCGCAUCGCAACUGGACUGUUUCUAUGAGUUUGACAACAAAUGGUGACAUAAGAUGUUUCACUACAGGUUGGUCACAAUAUGACAUAGAGAAACAGCUUCAAAUACGUGACACAUACGUGUUUGAGCAUUUGAGCUGCUAUAACGAACUCCUAAUGUUCAUGGUGCACAAAGUAUGCAAUGAUGGAUUCAUUACUUGUUUAUAA